AUGGAAACAGAACAACCAGACUAUGCAUCACUUUUAGUAGAUCAAAGUCCUGUUGAUCAACACGAUCACUCCCAGUGGCAAAUCGAUUACCAAAAUCCAUUAGGAAAAGGCGGCUAUAGCAUUGGAGUAUUCAAAGGUAUAAAACUAGAUGGUAUAAUAAACAACAUCCUUAUACCAAACGAAGGUUGGUGUGCAAUUAAAAUCGUUCCUCAAGAACAAAUUGGGAAACACGAAAUUAUAACAUUAAAUAAACUUAUUGGGAUUGAAAACGAAAAUAUUAUCAAAUUUUAUGGAUAUGGCAAAGGGGUGUAUACCAAUGGUCAGGAAUGCUUAUUCAUCUAUAUGGAGUAUUUAGAAGGUUACGAAACCAUUUCAGAUAUAAUCAAAAACAAAAGAGUAACAGACUCCACCUAUAACUUUUCCGAAUUACAAAUUGCCAAAGUUAUCAAAUAUCUUUGUGAAUCGUUAAUGUUACUGCAUAAACAAGGUAUUCUCCAUCGUGAUAUCAAAGGAAGCAAUAUAUUGAUCAAUCAAAUAAAUGGUAAUAUAAAGUUAAUCGAUUUUGGUGUUUCAAAACCAUUCGAAAACAAUUCACAAUACAAUACAUUAAUAGGUACAACGACUCAUAUGGCACCGGAGGUUGCUUUUAACAGUUCCAAUAGCAAACCUUCAAGUAGAUCUGAUGUGUGGAGUGUUGGCUGUACCAUGAUCGAAAUGGCAGGUGGUGAUUUAACAAAAAAAAUCAGCUCAGCACCUAUUAUUCCCCAACAUUUAUCUGAUAUCUGUAAAAAUUUUAUCCAACAUUGUUUAGUUUUGGAUGUCAAUAGCAGAUCCAGAGCAGCUCAACUUUUAAAUCACGAAUUUUUUAACUCAUUGGAUAAUAAUAAUAAUUCAAACUUUUUUAAAAAACCACUCGAAAUUAAAAAUAAUGAUAUAAUGACAAUGAAGUCAUUGUCAGAAACUGUAAAAUGUGUUUCAUUACCAGAAUUUAACGAACCACUUGAAAUGAUUACACAAUUAAUACCAACAACUGUCACCAGUCUCAUCUUACCAAUAUUUGAUAAACCUAUAGAAGCAGGGUCUAUACCAUCACAUAUCAAAUCGCUUACAAUAACAUCAUUUAAUCAAGAUAUUGGUGAUGAAUCUAUUCCAGAAACAUUAGAAGAAUUGAAUCUUGGUUCAGUAUUCGAGUUUAAUGAAAAUGGUGGUAAUUUACCAUCAACUAUUUCAAACCUAUCUUGCGGAUAUUCAUUUACACAACCUCUAAAAAAGAAUAACAACAUUCCAAAUAAAAUCAUAACAUUAUCACUAGGAAACUAUAAUCUCCAAAUAAACCAAGGGGUUUUACCAACCACAAUCCAAACAUUAACCUUAGGCUCCAAUUAUAAACAUUUCGAAUCCCUAUCAAAUUUACCACCAUCUCUUUUCAAUUUAACUUUAGGUGUUGGAAACUGCAUUCUAUCAUACGAAGAUAUUAAAAAAUAUAUACCACCUACAGUUACAAAAAUCAUUAUCAACAGAAAAUAA